GAAGACAUAAAGUGUGGGAAAAAACGUCAUUAGGUUGAUUUGACAAAUAAGGGAGCUGGAAUGACGGAAUGAACUUGAAUACCAACUCAUGAAUUACUUUUAUUAGUAUGUCGGCAUAUAAUGAGUGAUGGUAAUGAGUUACAUUGAGUGAAUUGAAGUGUACAGUGAAUUAAUGGUUAAUGACCGUUGACAUAAUCGUGUCUUUACAAGUAGAGCGCAAGUCCCCGGUUAAAAUAUAUAUAACAAAUAUACAAUAAAUUGACAUACGAGCGCAUGGUCAGGUUUAAGACACGCGUCCAACUCUUUAAUAUCUAUUUGCGCUGUUCUGAUGCUCUCCAUUAAAGCGUUACUUAAAUUAUGUUCUCCGGGUAAUGCAUGUACUCAUACGUCUGCGCGAUCAUUAUGUCUUGCUCUUGAUUUACAAUAAAUUCUUACAUUAGCACGCCAAUUACGCGGUCAAAAAAAAAACCACAUGCUCAAGAGCUAGAUGACAAAAAUAGGAAAAAGUCAGAGGUUGCAGUGUCACGGCCGACAGGUGGAUGUGUUGAUCCCUCGAGCGUUUCGGCGUUUCCUUCAACCGUUUCGUGGCCAUCAACAAGAGCUUCGUAAUUUGUCUGAAGCAGAUCCAACGUGAUUUUAAUCUUUUAAAGGAUUAACGGUCAUAUUAAACCGUUUGUGGGGGCGAUAUACCAAACAAUAAGUAGUUUUAUUUAUAUUUAAUACUUAUAUUAAUUAUUUAAGCUAAAGUAUGCAGCGUAAUGUAUGAUAAAUAUAUGAAUUUAUUUUUUUUCAGAGUUCAUCGUAAUAUUAUGAGUGUAAUGAACUUUGUGUGCUGUGCUUACUGAGAAAUGCGCACGUUUCUAGCAUUGGACACUUCCUGAAAGGACUCAAGUGGCUCAACAUAAGUACAUUCGUGUGCAGUUUACCUUUACCUUUACCUUUGCAAACCCAUCACACGGACAUGGACGAUGGACGAAACAUAUCACGAAUAUAAUUUACCAGCGAUUCACGUAUCCCUGGUACAUCACCGUCACCUGAUCAGAUGCACAAAAGAAAAUACUGAAGACGCGUGCGAUGACUCACGAAAUAAAAAUAAUAAAACUCAACAUGUACCUGCGUUAUGAAAGAUCUAAAGACAACCCUACGGCCAUAAAGAUCCUCCUCUUUACAUUUAAUUUUUUUUUUUUAUUAUCAUUAUUAUUUAUCACAUCAGAUACAAUGGAGCUUAGUAUCAAGUCUUUACUCCGAACAAUGCGCAGCAGACGAGAUACUAAGACUUUUACAAGUCAACGAACCACCAAUGAUAAUACUGUUUCCUGUGUACUAGUUAAUGUACGUUAAAGAGUGUGCAUAUGCGUUAUUUUAACGUGUACUUGAUAUAUGUAUGUAUAUAUAUAUUUGUACCGAAUGAAUGUACGCAGCAUACACGUGUAACAAUAGUCUAUUAUACACAAAACAAAACGCAAUACUGUAAUAGGGGGAGAGACGGGGAGAGGGAGAGACCUUAGAACUCAGCGGCAAUAACAGCAGAGUCAAAGAAGUAAGCCACGCACGCGUGCCACCCACCGGACGUCAGUCACCACCUGGCUGUCAGGCAUUUAUGUUACUUUACCCCCUUGAGUUUCCUAAGGCUUCAAUGAAAAUUUUUCCAUACAGAAAAAAAAAAAUUGCCAGGUUCAAUUAAACCAUAAAAUAUGCUGACUCCAACGCACUUAUUAAAUAAUAUGGGAAUCCGCGGAGCGCGUAAUAUUAAUUUGUAUACGGGCUGUUGCCCGCAAUAUCGGUACAGGUGCGGAGAAACUUAUGGCAACUUGACACACAAACUUCUGUUGGACCCAACGAUCAACCACGCGGAUAGAUUGGUACUGUCGAAUAGAGUCAAGGAUGACUAUGAGGUGAUAAGACCGCCAAAAGAUGAUAUAGACAUGAUAAAUUCCCGCGCGAGGCGCAGAGACGUAAUUUACUCGCACCCAAUGAUACCGGGGUACCAAGGAUUUAUGCCGAAUUUGAAUGCGCGGUUGGGUCAUCGGUACAGUGUUAAUGCUUCCGAGGGUCUAGCUGACUUCGAGAGACAGCAGUUGAAAAAUAAAGCCGCUUUGAAUCAUUUGAAAAAAGUCAGGGCGCUGCAUGAUGGCUACGCAGAGCCGCGAACUCUAGAAGAUCGACAACUGAUGAGGAGUGAAUACAAAAUGCCAUUAGUUACUGUCCGACCUGAUUACGCAAUGAUGAUGAGGAACUUGCCGAUUGACGAAGCUUACGAAGUACCGCGCGAUCAUUCGCCUUCGCCAUUUUUUAUGGACAAUUCUGAUCCUCAGAAAUAUUUUGUCAGAGGAUACACGGGGCACAUUCCCUAUGGAUAUUCGCACUUCGGAUCGAGUCAUGUCCCGAUGACCAACAGCGCGCUGUGCGACUUUACCACAAAUUAUCGAAUGCGUCAGAGCACUGAAUGGGCACCCGCGACUGUUUCCCGUCCAGACCCGCCUUAUCACAUUCAGCCGACGGAAAUAUAUCACAAACACGUCGGACUUAUUCCAAAUUAUCUGGGACACGUUCCCGGAGCCGCUUACAGAUACGGAAAGACAUUCGGAGCAGACACAAGAGACGCAAAGCGAUGGCUACGAGGAGACUUUUCAAUUUAAUUCAAUAAAAAUAUAUUUCAUAUAAAUAUUUAUAUAAAAAUAUACAACAAUUAUUUAUCUAAUUGGGUAAA